UAGGAAAGUGCUAGCUGGCUCUGCUGCAGGGACACAGUACGCAGAGAAACGUGCUGUAUCUUAUCCAAAGCAAACCGUAGUCAAAAGGCGUUAAGUCAUUAAGUGGAAAACACUGACAGUGACUGGGUAAUAAUCAGUAACAUGCCGUCUUUCUGCGCAGGCUGGGUUUAAGGCGUGAUCGAGUUCAUGGUAUUCGAUACCUAUAACAUCGUGAUCGUCUGUUUCCUCGGAGAACUGAAAAACGUGCAUUUACAGAUCGGCGGUGACGCGGCCGAGCGUAGCUGACGCGCUUACGUCACCAGCGUGGACACAUGGAGAGCGAGGCGCAGAGAGAACAGUAUUAACGUUAUUUUUUUUCAUCAGAGUUGUGAAACGACUGUUUCCUGCAGCGGUAUCAGUGCCAAUGAGUGCCAGAAGAUGUGAACAAUAAUUAGGCUCUGUUCGUUAGAGAACAUAUGAGCUGCCAAAUCAUUCAUUAGCUAGCCUAGGUAACAGGUUAGCUGGCUGGCUGGCUGCCUCUUGUUUAUGCCUCCGUCGUUUCCAGCGCGAGCGAGAAACAUCACGCAAGACAUAAACACGAUGAAGAACAGUAAUGGAAGAAGAUCAAGGAAAAAAAGAAGGAGAAAGCGAGAAGAUGCGUACAGUGUUACAUUAUCACACGAAGCCCCCUUUGUGAAUCUAAGAAGGUGGCUUAAAAAGAAAGGCUUCAGUUCUCGGUCCUUGGUACCAGCCAGCUUCUCAGAUAUAGGAAGAGGACUAAUGGCUACUAAACCCAUUAAGGCCAAUGAUUUGCUGAUUUCCUUACCUGAGAGGUGCUUGUUGACUACAGACACAGUUCUGAAGAGUUACAUGGGAGAAUAUAUAAAGAGGUGGCAGCCCCCUGUAUCUCCUCUCGUGGCCCUCUGUUCGUUCCUUAUUGCUGAGCGACACUUCGGGGAUGCAUCAGAAUGGAGUCCUUACAUUAAAGUCCUUCCUAAGUCUUACACAUGCCCGGUGUACUUCUCAGAUGAUAUCAUGGAACUCUUGCCUUAUGGUCUUCAAAAAAAGGCAGCGGAUCAGCGAGAACAGUUCCAGGAGCUGUAUUCUUCGUCGCAGCCAUUCUUCUCAUCCCUUCAGCCUCUUUUCACCCAGCCCAUAGAGGACCUGUUUACCCAGGAUGCAUUUCGGUGGGCAUGGAGCAGUGUAAAUACACGUACUGUGUAUAUGGAGCAUGUCCAGAGUGAUUAUCUCUCAAGAGAGAAGGAUGUCUUGGCACUGGCACCGUAUCUGGACCUACUGAAUCAUUGUCCUAAAAUCCAGGUUGAAGCAGGGUUCAAUAAGCUGACUCGUUGCUAUGAGAUCAGAAGUAUCCAAAGCUGUAGAAAAUUCCAGCAAGCUUUCAUCUGCUACGGUCCCCAUGACAACCAACGACUCCUUUUGGAAUAUGGUUUUGUUGCCCCUGGCAACCAACACAGUGUGGUCUACGUAGAUCUAGGUAUUCUGAAAGUGUGUCUGAACGAAGGAGACAAACAACUACAACAGAAGCUGCUGUUCCUGAAGGACAAUGACUUUUUAAAAAACCUCACAUUUGGAAUAGAUGGACCAUCCUGGAGGCUGAUGACUGUGCUUAAAUUACUCUCACUAAAGCCAGAACAAUACUCCAGCUGGAAGAGUGUCCUUUUGGGGGCAGCAGUGAGUCAGGAUACAGAGGAGUGGUGCAUUCACAAGGCCCAAAUGCUGUGCCAGCAUCUCAGUGAUGACAAUAUCAAUGUACUGAAAAGGUUAGCUCAGCUCAAAGAUGGUGCAGACCAGGCCCAACUGGAACAGCUUGGCGUGGUUGAAGGCCUGAGACGAGAGGAGCGAGCGAUUCUAGAACGCUCCAAAGAAGUUCUCCAAAGCCUUUUGCCACAAUCAUUGCCAUGGCAACAGGACGGCAUUCGGAACACAGAACGCUGAUGGAGCCAAAGGAUAUUGUCACUAGUCAUUUUCCUGCCAAGACAUGGAGGAUUUGGCCAAAUCUGUGCAAAGGGGGACUUGGAUAUUUUUUGGGCUGCACAAUAGGCCUGUACCCAGUUACCAAGUCUCAGAACCCAAGCUAGCAAGGCUGUGUCUAAAAUAGACAAAGUGCUCUGCUUGAUUUACAACCUUCGCUGCAUGAAUGGGGAACAACAAACUUCUGUGCUAUGCAGCAGGAAGCCAGUUUGGAGACUUCUGUAGUGGGCAGGGGGACAGAAUAAAAAGUAAAAAUAGAAAAAGACAAGAAAGGCCUUAUAGUGCUUCUCUUUGUGCAAGUGGCAGCUCUUUGCUGUAGGACAAGUGCUAGCUCUAUCUAGGUUUUCAGUCAGAUGCAGUAUAGGCUAAUGCUCUAUAGAAGCUGUAAAGAGCUGUUGGAGAUAACUGCAGUAUUUUUCAAGAAAUUAUUUUCCUAGGUCUCUGUGGGCAUGAAAAUGUGGCAUGAUCAUGCUGAUCUAAGACCAGCUCUGUAGUUUAUAACAAGUUUGGGAAAGACAAAAGCAUAUCAGUACACAGAUAGUGUUUACGCAGCCUGAAAUACACUGCAGGGCAAACCAGAGGACGAUGUCAAAAUGAUUGAAGUACAAGCAGUGUUUUCAGUUUGUUAAAAUGUUUAAUCAGUUCAGUUUUAUAAUUUUUAUACAAUAGCAGAGUCACAUCUCAUUUUAGUGGGGCUCAAGUGAGGCUAUAGAAAUGUCACAUAUUUUGUAAAAUUACAUAUAAAUGUUUACCUAGACAAUGUCUGAUCUUUACCACAAACAAAGUAGUAAGUCAGUAGUAACCAAUAAAAAAAAUUAAAUAGAAAAAGUACACGUCUGCAAUCUAUGAAAAAUUAAAAAGUGAUCAUUGACAUACCUUACAUAGUGCAACACAUACAUAUGCACAUUACUGGCUGCUGAAAAAGUCAGUAUACUCUUAUGAAGUUGUUACCAAAGUCACUUUACUGUGAAAGGAUGGAAUUUGUAGUUCCAGAAACUUCUUCAUUAAAGCUUCACCACUA